AUGCCCUCCUGGAAAUGGUUGCUGACAGCAACCUCGGCCACGAUCUCGGCCGUGGCCGCCGACAUCAACUCCUCUUCUGACGCCACCAUCUUCUCCAUGGACUCCGUGCCCGAAUGGCAACAGUCCUCAGCCAUGUCCCUUCAGGUGUCCGACCCAGACGCCGACAUCCUGCCAAUAUCAUUUACAGUUGUGCCCUUAACUGCCGUUUUGGGCCUGAACCAGUCACAGGAGACACGAGGUUCUGUGAAUAUCAGAGGCAACCUGAUCGAGGCGACAGAAUCCAAUUAUGCCAACAUCUCAGCGAACCAAAUUGCCUACCUCAACUGUGACAACACGACAAACUCAUUUAUCGACGCCAACCGCAUAUUCAACGCCCUCAUGGGCAACCUGCCUGCCGCCAUCUUGCUUUACAGCCAGGUCGGCAACUGCUGCGGCCUUACUGGUUCGAACCUGGCUUACCAGACCAUUUUCACUAUGGUGGACAUGGGAGAGGCCGCCCAGGCCCUCAACAUCACGAACAACGGCGACGGUGUGGCCCAGGCUGUUAUCAGCGGCAAUACCACAUCCACCGAUGGUGGAGGUGGUGGCGGCAGCGGCAGCAACUCUGCCGUCGCCAUGAGCAUCCUGUAUAGUAUUACGGGCCUCAUCACCCUGCUCUUCCUCGUCAUCAUUGCCACCGGCGCCGUCCGCGCCCACCGCAACCCCGAGCGCUACGGUCCGCGCAGUGGAUAUGGCGGACGCCCGCGCCAGAGUCGCGCCAAGGGCCUGGCUCGUGCGAUGCUUGAGACUCUGCCGAUAGUCAAGUUUGGCGACGAUACGCCCGCUAAGCCUGAUCCGAGCAUUGAGCUCGAAAGCUCGCCCGAAUCCGUCCACAGCCGCAACCCCAACGAUGUCCAGGCCCAUCACCUCUCGACGAUCCCCGAAGACGAAGUGUCACAGCCUAAGACCACGGGCGUGCUCGGAUCUGCGCCUGGCGUGAACGCUGGGGCCGGCUCGUCUGCCGGCGUCGGCGCUGCUGCUGGUACUGCGAACGCCGCCAAUGCCUCCAAGGACGUUGGCAAGGCUGCUGAAGGCGAGUAUGGCGACCACCUCGGCUGCUCCAUCUGCACAGAAGAUUUUGAGGUCGGCGAAGACGUCCGUGUUCUGCCUUGCAACCACAAGUAUCACCCUACCUGUGUCGACCCGUGGCUGAUCAACGUAUCCGGCACGUGCCCACUCUGUCGCCUGGAUCUCCGUCCCAACGACGGCGAGACUGAUGCUUCCACUGUUGACGGCGAGGCGCCCAUGCCUCCGCCCCUGAAUCCUGACGCCGGUGCGGCCGAGUCUUCCAACGAUACCACGGCUACCGGCAAUCGCCGCCGGGCAACGCGUAUCUUUGACCUCCACCGCCUUCGCCACGCCACGGGCGAGGAGCGUAUCGAGGCGCUCCGCCGCUUCCGUAUAGAGAACCAGGCCGAGAACAGUGCCGAUGGCAGCGCCGCGGCCACGGCCACUACGGGCAACGGCGACGAGGCCAACCGCGAGAGACUAGCGAAGCGUCUUCGCGACAAGUUCCGCAUCCGGACACGGGCUCAGGAGCCGAGCUCUUCGAGCAGCAACUAA